CCGUCCCGUCCGGGCGGCGCCCCGAGCUCCACUCCGCGUCUUGGCGCCGCCCGCCGCGUAGUAGCGGGGCCGCGCCAGCGCCCGCCUGUUGUGUUUCUGUUGCCACCCGCCAUCUUGUCGCCAGCGCUGCGGCCGGCGGGGCGAGCCCGGGGCGGCGCGGGCGGGGCGGGCCCGCGCUCCGGGCGGCGGCGGCGGCGACGGCGGCCGGGCCCGCGCCAUGAGCAUCGAGACGCUGCUGGAGGCGGCGCGGUUCCUGGAGUGGCAGGCGCAGCAGCAGCAGACCGCACGUGAGGAGAAUGAGAAGCAUGAGAAGCUCUGCCUGGAGAGGGAGCAGGAGCAGAAGAAGCCGGGCAAGGCCAGCGUGCCACGGUCCAACAGCACCCUCUCCCCAGAGGAGCCCCGGAGCGAACUGCUGGUGCCCAUCUCCCCGCCGGGCCCCGUGCCCCUGCCGCCCGCGCCCCUGGCAGCUCCCAUUUCCGUCAUUCCCAUCCCCGUUGUCACCAGCUCCCCCCAGCAAGCGGCCCAGACCGCCCUGUCGCCGCCGCUCGUGCAGCGCCACCAGCCCCUGGUGAGCCCCGCCAGCGUGCCCAAGGAAGCGCCGUCGGUGGCCCCGGUGAUCCAGCGGCCGCCGGGCCCGCAGCUGCCGGACGGCAAAGCCGGCACGCCGCCGGCGGGCAGCCCCAAGCAGCUGCCGCCCUACGCGGCGCCGGUGCUGGCCAUCUCGCAGCACCAUGUGGUGCCGCAGCCCAUCCAGCCCCUGCAGCCCCCGGCUGCGCCCGCGCCCCUCGGCGCGCUCAAGCUGGCGCCGGCCGACGACAUGAAGCCCAUCGAGCUCAAGAAGAGAAUUGGAGGGGUUGGGACCAGGGAAGUACAUAAUAAAUUGGAGAAGAACAGACGUGCACAUUUGAAAGAGUGCUUUGAGACCUUAAAGCGCAACAUCCCCAACGUAGAUGACAAGAAGACCUCAAACCUCAGCGUCCUCAGGAGUGCCUUGCGAUACAUCCAGACUUUAAAGAGGAAGGAAAAAGAGUACGAGCACGAGAUGGAGCGGCUGGCGAGGGAGAAGAUCGCUACGCAGCAGCGGCUGGCGGAACUGAAGAACGAGCUGAGCCAGUGGAUGGAUGUUUUGGAGAUUGACAGAAUUAUCCGACAGACAGUUCAGCCAGAGGAUGACCAGGCAUCUACCUCGACAGCAUCAGAGGGUGAAGACAACAUGGAUGAAGAUAUGGAAGACGACAGGCCAGUGAACUCAUUACCAAAACUCACCCAGCGCCAGCACCCGGAGCUGCUGAAAGCCGUCCCCCCCAGUGCUGCUCCCCCCCUGCCCACGGUCCUGCCCCCACACGUGUCCAUCCAGCAGAAGCCCCACGCCCAGCCCUCCCUGCAGACACAAGCACUGGUCCCGCCGCAGGCGAUCGUCCCUGCACAGACUCACAUCGUGGCGGCCUCGACCGUGCAAUCGACUGUUAUCGCCCACACGGCCACCACCCACGCCUCGGUCAUCCAGACUGUCAACCACGUCAUUCAGGGGCCACAGACCAAGCACAUUGCUCACAUUGCACCUUCCACAUCCAGCCCCGUGCAACUCACCACCGCUGCUCAGCCCAUCGGCCACAUCACUGUGCACCCAGCCACCAUCAACCACAUGGCCCACCUGGGCCCGCAGCUGCCCCUCUACCCCCAGCCCGUGGCCGUCAGCCAGCCCGUCGUGAGCCACAUCGCUCACACCAUCUCGCACCAGCAAGUGAACGGCACGGGCGGCCUGGGCCAGCCGGCCGUGGUGGCCAAGCCGGCCGUGGGCACGCAGGUUGUGCAUCACCCGCAGCUGGUCGGGCAGACGGUGCUGAACCCCGUGACUAUGGUGACCAUGCCGUCGUUCCCGGUGAGCACGCUGAAGCUGGCCUAGAGGGGACGGCCCACCGGCGAGGUCUGUGUUGGGAACCUUUCCUAAGGAAACUCCGUACAUUCCAACCGCGUCGGCUCGGCGGGAGGAGGCGCGGAACGCCGGGGCCGCGCCGCCCGGGGCCGCGCUCGGGGCCGGCCGCUGAGACGCUUCAAAGACAGUUCUUCAUGGUGAUUUUUUUUCCUUUUAUGUGUAAUGAGUGAACUAUGGAUAUGAUGUUCUUAAGACUUUAAUUUUGCCCUCUUAUGUGUUGCUUCUUUGUAGAAUAAAAAUUGCUGAUCUCUUUAUUGAGACAUUGCGUAGAAUGGGAAAAAAAAAUCAUAGAAGUCUAUAUUUAUAUAUAUGUGUGUAUGUGUGUGUAUAUAUAUAUGUAUAUACAUAUAUAUAUAAAUAUAACAUUUGAAGGCCUUUUGUAAGGUUGAUUAUUUUGCAGGAUUAUGAGACAAAAUUCAUUUUUGGAGGAAGAAGCCAGAGUGUCCUCUCUAAACAAGAAACUAUAAGAUAGAUGGUUUGGUGGACCAGAGUACAGUGACAAAAAACCCCCAACAACAAACCAUGAGUCAAACCAUGUUAAAGGUAUUUCCCAUCAAUAUAUUACAUUUCAAAAACCAUCUAAAAUCACUGUGACUUGUUAUGGCAUUUUAAGGAAAUUCUCUGUCCUGUCUAAUAAAAGGAAAAAGAAUACACAACCAGA